UGAUUGUCAGCUUCACCCCAUCUGUCGUCAUACACAAUGGCAGCCCGAACAAAGGCCAUCCAGGCCUUGCGCCAGUUCACCUCCUGUGACAUCGGCGACGCCCUCGUUAAACUCGGUCUCCCUCAUGGCGGCUACCUCUCCGGCCUACAGAUGUACAGCCCGGGCGCAACGAGCGCUGCAUCGAAAAUCUUCGGUCCCGCGUACACCGUGCGCAUGGUUCCCGCAGCCGACAAGACGGCGCCCACUCCGCCGUGCCACUUUGCCGACGCGAUUCCCAAAGACGCCGUUGUCUUCGUCUCGCAGCCCAAGGGCCUGAUCAGUGCAUGCUGGGGUGGGUUGAUGAGCACACGGGCGCAGAAAUGCGGAGCGGCAGGCGUGGUGAUCGACGGGCGGUUUAGAGACGUGGAGGAGCAUCGCGCGCUGGGUAUUGGGUUGUUUGCGCGCGGCUUGAGUAUUCUGGGGUCGAAUACUUUCACGCGAUCCUCGGAGCUGAAUGUCCCGGUCACGUAUGAGAAUAUUGAAAUCGAUGAGAAGGUGGUUAUUGAGCCCGGCGAUUAUAUCAUGGGCGAUGUAGAUGGCGUCGUGGCUAUUCCUACUGGCACGGUGGAAGAAUGCGUGCGUCUUUGCCAGGAGCGGUACGAAAUUGAUGAGGAAACGAGGAAGUGUCUGGAACGGGGGGAUGAGAUUGGGCCGACGAUCAAGAGACUUAGGAAGUAG